CGUGCAUUCUUCUGUAAUUCUUCAUUUUUUCCCCCUUCCUUCAUUCAAAGCCAAACGUUUUUCAUUCAUCCAGCAAAAGUCUGUGGAUCACAUUUCCCCCCCCGAGGUCUGUACAUUGUUUCUGAAAUGGGUCUUGUUUGUAAUGCUUUGUAGUAGAUAAAAUUAAAUAAAUAAAAACAGACAAGAUACAAGUUGCGCCGCGUGCAUACAAGGACUUUCUGAGAAGAACGUUUUGUUGCAAAGAUUUGUACAGGGGCCCGAGAAACAACCGGCUCUUCAUUCAGCGGUGCCUCUUCAUCUUCAGAUAAUACACACCAUCAUCGGUCAGAAGAGUCGACGGGACGGGUCAGAAUUUUACACCAGAAGAGAAGGCAUCAGGGGAAUCGAAGCAAUUAAAAUCAAACCAACUGUUGGAAGACCGGGAAGCGAUACAGGUUUUUUUAAACGCAACACUGUGAAAUGUGAGUAGCGCUUCAGCAAGAGUUUAGAUACACAUUCAAAGAUAGAGGAGACUUGUCCACUGAAACUUAUGUUUGAGGAAAAUAAGAGUGAUGUCUGUAUAUCACCUUUCAGGCAGAGGAUGUCCUCCAUGUUUGGUAAAUCGAGAUCUUGCAGUGUUGUUAAUUUAUCUACCAUCCCAGACCGAGAUCUGAAUGAAUGCAAUAUCGCAAUGUUAGGAUGCAGAGGAUCGGGGAAAUCCGCUUUGACCGUGAAGUUUCUCACCAAAAGAUUCAUCAGUGAAUAUGAUCCAAAUUUGGAUACUUACACUUCAGAAGAAAUUGUGGAUCAGCAGCCUGUUCUUCUGAAAGUCAUGGAUACGGCAGACCAGGAUGGGCCUGUGAACUGUGAGCGCUACCUUAACUGGGCCAGCGCCUUCAUAGUGGUGUACAGCAUUGAGAACAGAAGGAGUUUCGAAGCGUGCCGUCUGUACCUGGACACUGUGUCCAUCCACACUAAGGGAGUGCAGCAGGAGUACCCAGUCAUUCUACUGGGGAACAAACUGGACAUGGAAAGAUACAGACAGGUCAGCAAGUCCGACGGGCUGUCGUUGGCCUCCAAGUACGGCUGUCUGUUUUACGAGGUGUCGGCCUGCCUGGACUUCGACUCGGUGCAGCGCGUGUUUCACGAGGCCGCCCGCGAGGUGAGGCGCGAGACAGAGAGGAACCUGCCGGUGAGGCCGCUCUUCAUCAGCGAGGAGAAGGCGGUCGUGAGCCUGUCCUCCGCCAACUACAAAGAGCUGCCCUCCGUCGCCCAGGCCAAAGUCAUCACCGUCAAGUCCUCCCGAGCGCAGAGCAAGAGGAGGGCACCAACGCUCACCCUGCUCAAGGGCUUCAAGAUAUUUUAACCACAUAAACGCAGACUGCUUUUUAUUUACUGUCAGUUCAAAACCAGCUAACAGUUAAACCAAAAACCAAAACAUUAAACCAGAACUGUCUAUUCCUGUCAUAUGGGGCUGAAGCAGAAGAGGAGGAAGUGAUGUGAUGGACACAGGAAAUAGCUUUUGUGUGUGUGUGUGUGUGUUGAAAGGGGUGGGUAGGUGGCCAAAGCUUUAUAUUUUUCAGGAAAUUGUUGCCUCAAGGCUGCGGAUUGACCAUCUCUACUGUAUUUUCUGUUUAUUUUCUUCUAUCCAUUGAUUAGAAAACAAACAUUCAGUGCCACCUGAAACCAGUUCAAAUGUUCUGCUGGAGUUACUGAAUUUGAGGACCACCCUCUAGUGGUGGAUAAGAGUAACUACAGGAAGCAGCAAUGUCGAUAAGCUGCUCCCCUCUGUGUGGCUCUCCAAGCUAUUAGUUCCAGGUUCAAAUCCUAGUCACCCACUUCUUGGAUAUAAAGAUCGGGGGUGCAAUGCCCAAACUGUUACAAAAACAGGAUGAAAUAUUUGUUCUAGGCAACUAGUAAAAAUGAAACACACAUGGUACAGAGAUAUGAUAUAGAUAAGCAAUUCUGUGGUUUCCCCCUAUAUUUUACAUGCUGUAAAUUUGGAUAUAUUCUUAAUAUGCACAGUUUGCACAGCUGAGAAAGUAGCAAAUGAGAGAUAGCACAGCCUUGUGUACAGAAUAUUUAGUAGAUGUUUAGCAACUUUUGAAUGACUUUUUUAUUAUUAAUAGCUCUCAGAAUGUUUCAAAGCAUUGUAAAAUACUGUACACAAUAAUAACCCUGUGUUUAAUUUACUGAGAGUAUCUCCAUAGAAACACAAACGGUUUUGCAUGUAUUUGAAUAGUUUGUAUGGAUUUUAAUUCAAUUUAUAGCACUCGGUACAACAGUUGCUUCCAGCUCCACCAAUCGCUAUUCAUGUCUGUUCCACAAUGAUCACAGUAUAUCUCUUGGAAAGUAUUUAUUAGCAAAAUAAGCAUGCAAUAGAGCCUUUUAUCUUCCCUGUUGUACCAGUACUGUAUUAAAAAUGCUGCAGACAUUA